AUGAAGUUGGUAAAUAUUCCUACUAUUUUUGCCAUCUAUGGUCUCACAACUCUAUUAUUUGACAUAUCUUAUUGUACUGAUACCCUAGAUUUGCAACACUAUGAUGGCAAUGGGGGAAAUGAGGGUGCUACUGGAACGGAAUUAUCAACAAUAGAUAAUAAUAUAACCUUUGAGUUAUCACAAGAUUCGCUUCCUCUAGCUCAAACAAUUUUUAAAGGUUCUCAAAUCGUAAUAAAUCCUCUUAUUAGCAAUAGGAUUAUCAGUUGGGAUGGAUACUUUUACUUCGAAUUGCCCUCCAAUGCACACGAUGCUUCUAUAUACUUAAAUUGCAUUUACAAUAGACAAAUCAUGAUAACUAUUUCGUUUUUUCUUAUCGAUGAUACCAUUCCAACAGAAAUUGAGUUAUCAUAUAAUGAAAGUGAAAUAUUAGAAUUUCCACAUGAUUUCAGAUUUCCAAAAUGGAUGACCGGCUUUCGUGGAAGGACUUUUGUUGAACGUCUAAAUAGAAUAGUUCCGUACAUAGAUGUUGAUUUGACACAAAAUGAAUUACACGAUUCAUUAACUUAUAUCGAUGAAUCUUUAUUUAGUUACGUACACGAUAAAGAUAAUACAAAAUACUUGAUUAGAUCAAUAUCUUAUGGUGAUAAGAAAGUUGAUAUAAAGCCUGUAUCUGAUGUAUUAUUAUAUAUUUUACCCGUGGGUUAUAUGAAAUUUACUAUCCGUAUCGAUCUUAGGGCUAGUCCAAAGCAAUCACUCAAAAAAGAAGUGGCCAAAUGGGAUAUGACAAUGGAAGACAUUACACAAGUCCCUGAAUGGAUACUUAAUGCCAACAGUAGGUUCUCUUCCAUGAUAUUCAAUCUCCCACCACCAUCAACACUUGAUCUUUCAUCCGAAACACUUGAAUAUUCGUUCGAAGUAGGUGGACAUUAUAACACAAUCCAUUUGUCGCUUGAAUACGAAAAUAAUGACAAUUUUAUUGGAUAUUUAAAGUGGCAUGAUUUUUAUAGUUAUGAAUUACCCAGGGAUACGUCACUUCGAGAUAUUUGGAUAUAUCCCAUAGGCAAUAACCAGAUUUUAUUGAUAUACUAUGGCUAUAAUUAUAAUCUUGAACCAAUUCAAGAAAUUGAUUCAUCAAUUAUUACAUUUCCCGAUGAUUAUACACCUCCACAAUGGAUUAAAGACAUAAAUCCAUACUUCUUCGAUAAAGUUAAAAUCCCCAUUGAGUUUAUAGAGUUGGAUUUUACCAAAGAUGAAUUACCACAACAACUAAAAUAUAGCCAGAGCUUUGAUACAGUUGACAUUACUAUAGAUAAGGAAUAUUCUGAGUCUAUCCGAAUUGGGAAGAUAUUGUUAAUUGACGGUGAGAAAUCUUACAUCGUACCUAAACAUAACAUCAUCACUAAAAUAAUUCUUACAGUCUCCGACAAUAAAAUACGAACCACACUUUUUUACUCUGAAAUGUCUGAACUAACAAUAGAUUUUAGAAAGGAUUUCUACACUGAAUUGUCCUCAGAUUUCCUACCUCCAAAAUGGAUUCAAACACUUGAAGCAUUUAUGGAGUGUUUUAAUUCCAAUGAAAGAAUUUUAUCAUUACAAUUGGCAAAUGAUGAUUUGCCACCAGAAAUUGUUUUAUCCACGGCUGAUGACGGAGUGAAGUUGCAGUUGGAUUACGUUCAUGCUGACAAUGUGAUAAUAAGCAGUGUUUCUUUUGGCGAAAACCACAUGUUGACUGUACCCAGUGAUUCGUUUGUAAAUGCUAUUUAUGUGAUAGUUGCGGACAAUCAGAUUACAAUAAAAAUCAAGUACAAUGAGUCGGAUGGGACUUUGACAAGUUUUACCAAGGAACUUGGUCAAAUCAGUGAUAUAACGGUCCCCUUGUGGCUAAAAAAUAACCUGGUUACUUGA